AAGUGGAGAUCCUUUCCUUCGUCAGGUGCGACGGUGAUCGACAUGAGAUCUUGGGGAAGCUUCCUCUGCAUGAUCGCAUAUAUACCACACAGCAACGCCCUCUUUUCGUCCAAUCCAACUAGCAAGCCCUACGUUCUUCAACUCACCAGCUGAACAAAUUCUAAUAACCUAAGAAACAUCCCUAAUCAACAAUGUUUUCCUCCUCUGUCAUCGUCCCACUGCUGGCGCUCUCCAGCCUGGCGACCGCCGCGCUGAACACAACCCAAUCCUACAAACUCCGGACCCAGCUCAAGCCGGGCUCCGAAAGCAAGACCGAAUUCGACAAUCUCUACCUGGUCUCCUACCACACCGGCGCCGGCUACGGCGACGCAACCUUCCUGCCGAACCGCACCAUCGGGCUGAAUGGCUUCCUGAACCAGACGAACACCACGACGGGAGAUGCGGACGGCGUCCCGCUCUACAACCAGGAGUUCGACCAAGGGAAUGGCUUUCCCUGGCAACUGUACAUGGCGGCCAACACGAACUUCUACGCGGCGUGGCAGCCGGUGCGUGUGAACGCCGGCGGGGGAUAUUCGAGUUCGUUUGUGUCGGGAUUCUUUGUCAAUGAGACGGGUUUGCAGUGGACUUCUACUCCUGGAGAGUCGGGAGCGAGGGAUGAUAGAUUUGGAGGGUGGCUGGUGUGUACUUGGUGGCAUAGCGUCCCGCAACUGUUCUUCCGCCAGAAGUUUUACAACGACCGUGCGCCGACGCUGUCGAGUUGUGCGGAUGUUCUGCUUGUGCCGGAGUACAUCUGA